GGGUGUUUGCGUUUGCGCGUGCGCGUUCGACGCACGGUUCGUCAUAACAAAGUCGCAACGUUGCGAAUUCGCAAUUCGUCGUCGGACGAUAAACUUCGCAAUAGUUUCCGAUCUCCACGGGCCACACUGCCUCAUCCCCUCAUCAGUCAACGAUCAGUGAUCGACGUACAAGUACGACGUGAUUGACCGAUUCGUGUUAGGCAAUUAGCAACGCCGUCGUUGCCGUUGUCGCGGUACACUGGUGGUACCAGCGAUAGCCGGUCGACGUGAUCCGCCGAAAUCGUCGGCGACCAAAGCUUUGCAGUAGCCGCCAUGACCACUUACCUAGACCUCGGGCCGUUGUGUUUUUCGUUACGCUCUGAAAAAGUGGUCGAAGUCCUGUACAGACGGACCGAAAAGUUCCAGUCGACCAUUAGCAUGUUGUGUAGCCGCUUUGUGGCCAACAUCAGAAAUCCUGAUACCUCAAAUGAUGAAAUUAUAGAAAAUGAAAAAUAUAGUGAUGAAGAAAUUGAUUUACAUUCAGAUAAAUCUAAAUUAGGUACUACAAUUGUUGAAAAUGAGCCAUGUAAUUAUACAAUGAAAUUAUAUGAUAAAGGAGUUCACAAAAUCAAUGCAGUUCUUAAAGAUUUAGGUUUAGUUGUGUCUAACUUGCAUUCUAGGCAAUAUAAUAUGGAACCUUUACAAAUAUAUUAUCAUAAGAAUAAUAUCGCCUGUAGCAUUCAAAAUAGAAAUUAUUAUUCAUCGAAAUCAAAUAGUUCAAUAGAUAGCCUAGAUAAAUAUUAUUGCAACGAAAGUGAUAACAAGUCAAUGUCUUCAAAAUUGUCUUCAGAAAGGAUAUUUUACAUAAAUGUUAAUGAUAAUAAAAAUUAUUAUCAAAACCUAUCUAUAACACCAAAAAGUACUGGAUAUAUUCAUAGAGAAAAAAGAUGUUCUCAUAGAUCUAAUCGAAGAAGGUUUUCCAAUAGAUACUGGACGAUGAGGCAUAUGUUAUUUUCAAAAUUUGAACAUGGUAUUCUACUGGAUGAUGAAAGCUUUUAUUCUGUGUGUCCAGAAAUAUUAAGUUACCAUAUAGCAAAACGUUGUAAAAAUGAUAUUUCUCUGGACCCUUUUUGUGGGGCUGGCGGGAAUAUAAUUCAAUUAGCAUUUACAUCCAAUUUAGUUGUAGCAAUUGAUAUAGAUCCGUGUAAAAUAAAACUAGCACGAAACAAUGCUGAGAUAUAUGGUGUAGCUGAUAAAAUUGAAUUUGUUGUUGGUAAUUUCUUUGAAAUUUGUUCAAUGUUAAAAGCUGAUGUUAUAUGCAUGUCACCCCCGUGGGGUGGUCCAGAAUAUGUGAUCAGUGAUAGCUUUAGUAUUGCAUCCAUGUGCAAGAAUUAUAGAUUUGGUGGUUUUACUAUUUUUGACAUUGUUAAAAAUAUUGCACCAAGUGUUGCAUUUCAUAUGCCCAAAAACACUAAUAUAUAUGAAUGUUUAUGGUUAGCAAGAUUUUUAGGGAAAGUGGAAAUACAGCAGAAUAUUAUCAACCAAAAGCUGAAUUCAAUUACAGCAUUUUAUGGAGACUUUAUUGAUUUAACUAGCAACGACUAUUAA